CUGUGCGAAAGCACAAAAGGGCAGAAAGGAGAGAGAGGAGACCAGGGAUUACCGGGAAGUCCUGGAGCUCAAGGAUUAAGGGGGCUGACCGGACCUCGUGGUGUACAGGGACUGACUGGACAGCAGGGACUGAAAGGUGAGAAAGGAGAUGACGGAAUGAAAGGAGAGCGAGGCCCGGAGGGACCAAAGGGCUUUAUAGGCAUGCGAGGGCUCAAAGGUGAUAAAGGAGAUCAAGGUGUGGACGGCAGGGUCGGAGACCCGGGUCCUAAGGGAGCAGAUGGUGAGUGCCCACUGGGGUGUGUUUCAUUUCCUGGUUCUCCAGGUGACCCAGGUCUUCCUGGUCCGGUCGGACUACCUGGGUUGCCUGGGCAAGCUGGAGUACCUGGUGCAAAAGGUUUGAAGGGUGAUCCAGGCAUGAAUGGUACACCAGGCACACCUGGACUCUUGGGGAAUAAAGGUGAACCAGGGAAGGAGGGAAAUUGCUCAUGUAAGGAUGGACAGAAAGGUGAAGUGGGACCUGUAGGAGCCAAGGGCACUAAGGGAGAAGCCGGACAAAUUGGGCCUCAGGGUGUUGCAGGACAGACAGGUCCUAAAGGAGAGACAGGGCAGAUGGGAAUGAUAGGAAUGCCUGGUCCAUGCAGCCCAGCCAUACAAUCUGCUUUCUCUGCCGCACUACGAUCAUCAUUCCCAGCGGCCAAUCAGCCAAUAGCAUUCGGGCGUGUCAUCUAUAACCUGCAGCAGCACUACAACCCGAGCACAGGUAUAUACACAGCACCGGUCAAUGGCACCUACUCCUUUAGCUUUCACUUGACCACCUCCACUCGCACCCUGAAGGUUGGACUCUUCUGGAACUUCCAGCCUGUAGUAAAAAGCACGCAGGCAUCUGAGUUAGGCUCCACCUCCCAGAAGGUGGUGCUACACCUGAGCGCAGGAGAUCAGGUGUGGCUCCAGGUGAAGGACAGCACCACUAAUGGAAUGUUUACUGCCGCUGAUGUCAGCAGCACUUUUAACGGCAUCCUGCUUCAACCUGACAUCUGUGACAUCAUCAUGGACAGAGAGCUUCCUCUUCCAAACAUCAAUGGGGUUUACACCUGGGGAGCUCUAGAUUAGAUAGAACACAAGCCAUACAUGUUAAUUCACUCACAAUCUGAACUUAAAAACUUAA